AGUAAUUUAUCCGCAUACUCAAUCCACGUGUUUUCACGUGCGUGUAAUUGACUGACAAUUGAUGGAUGUGGGAUCUGGUUUUGUCUCAGGAGUUCUUGCUUUUCAUUUAAAAGCAAUCAAUUUAACGGACAAGGAAGUUGGUGUUUCCGAGUGUAAUGUCCUGAGGUUGAAAUUAACAGUUGGUGAUAUUAUUAAAUUUGGUCACUUUACUCGAAACGGUUUUCAUAAUGGCUGGAUCGUCUGUGACUCGCUUAAAUACUUCCCAAUAAAUUACAGUGUAUCUAGUGAAUGCAACACUGUUGAGAUUGAGCUCAUAAAGCAGCUACCAUUGCUCUCAAUGGAGGCUUGUAUUGGGAAAACCAGCAUCACAAUCAUCAAUAUAAUCCAAGAACGAAUCCUUUCAAGCAGCUGGAGCUUAAAAAGUGACUUGAGCUCAGAAUCAUCAGUGGCAAAUCUUGACAUGACUUGUGUCUUCAAUUAUGGAUCGUUUGGUUACGGAGAAAGUGAUCAAAUUGUAUCUCCAUACAAGGAUCCAGUGGAUUAUCUUGCCUUCUCAGCAUUCCCUCACAUAGUUGAAGGACACAAAGCAAAAUCCAAAAAACCUCUUGAUGAAGCUAAUCAUCCACUGGAAAAUAUAAGGAGUCUUCCUCAUUCUUUGAUAAACCAAAUGGACAAUCUCCGUUCUUGGCAGCUACAGUUCAGUGUUAUUAGAAACAGGAAGAAGAGGCUGGAAUAUUUGAAAGAGAAAGUCCAGUCGUCCCAAGACCACUCAUCAACACGGCGUCCCACUAUGGCCGGGAUUCACAUACGCUCUGGAAGACUUGACAUUUCUUCAAGAAUAUAAAGAGAAAGGAUUGAGAACGUUUAUAACAAGAAGUUGUGCAUGGGCAUAUGUUAUAGUACGAUCAUGUUUAUGAACUUCACUAUGUAUCAAAGUACUUAGUGACACAAGGAGA